AUUACAUUAAUUAAUUACAGGAGUGACGAUUCUGUUGUCUCUUAUGGUAUUCCUGUUACUGGUAGCAGAGACGAUGCCACCCACUUCUGACGCUGUUCCUUUGAUUGGUAUAUAUUUCUGCUGUAUCAUGAUCAUGUGUUCCAUGUCCAUGAUGUUCACAGUUAUCGUUCUUAAUUUCCAUUAUCGGGGACCAGAAACUCACAGUAUCCCUUCUUGGGUAAACGAAUGGAUCAACGGACGACUUGCCUGGCUACUAUUCAUGAAACGUCCAGGACAACAAAAACACAAACACACAAACGAUACGAUAGAGAGGACGCGUCUCCAUGACAUCGUGGUCCAAGAACGACAAUCGAGGUGUCUGCUAUCGGGACUAGAAUUUGAGGAUGAAAUCCGAAUGGAAAACGGAGCUGUCCCCAAACCCGGAGAUUCACCAUUCCUAAGCACAAAAUCAGACCUUUUAUCGAUUUUAAGAGAACUGAGAAAAAUUACAACGAGGUGUAAGAGAGAGGAGGAGGAAGUGAUAGUGCGGGGGGAGUGGCGGUUCGCUGCCAUGGUGAUUGACCGCCUUUGUCUCUGGAUUUGUGUGACCUUUACUGUAAUAUCUACUUUAGCUGUUCUGUUUUCCGCCCCGAAUUUAGUGACAACUUAAAGAUAUUUUACUACGUUAAGGAGAACAAUAUGAUAAUCUUUUUACACACUCAUUUUUACUUUGUAUUUUUUACAUUUUAUUUGAAAUAACC